AUGGCGGCGCUGCCAUCUGAACUCCGUUCCAUUACUGCGACACCUCUGAUACCGAUCGCGAAUCGCAACGAGAGCGUGGCUCUGCAGAUCAAAGUCAAUACCGAAGUAUGGAAUGCUUCAAACCCUGCUGACAAGCUGGACGGGACCCAUGGAAGCCUCAGGCCAAUUGGACUGAAGCUGAAAGAGGCAGCAGUCCUGGGCAUCGAAGGGGAAGCGAACUACCCGGAAAAUUGGCCUGCCUUCACACAGAGCAAGUGUGUGAUCAUUGGCAGCAUUCAAGAUGCUAACUCGGCCAAGGUUGAUGUCUUGAAAGGAGUAUGGGAGGAAACAAAGCUUGUAGAUCCAGCACCUCGCCAAGCACAACUACUCAAGGCUGGCUUCAAGACCAAUCUCGAGGUUAUCGAUCCACUGGGAUCGGGAGAUGACGCUCCAAGUAUACCAUGGGGCUUCUCUGGCGAUGUCGAAUGGCGCAUUGAGACGCUGACCGAACCCAAACAGACCCUCACCGUCAAAGACAAAUCACGUCUUGAGAUCUAUAAACUGGCAGGAAUAGCAGUUGGUGGGCCGACAGAAGCCUUGGACCCCCGGGCUACACUACCGAACCUGCAGGGCAAAUGGCCAGUCAACUUACUCCGAGUGUUUAUGCCCAAUCCGACCGAUAUUGCCGGUAAAGCAGCCGAGAUCAAUGCCAACAGAAUCUCAUGGUGGGCGAAGCUCGUCAUUGGCAAACUUUCUGCAAUGAAAGUCUUGUACGAUGCAGCAGAGGGGAGAUCCAGCUACGGGAUCAGUCUUCUCGGAGGCAGUCUCGAUGUCAAUCAGUUCUACGACAGUUUGAAAUUGACUUUGAACUCCUUUGAUUUGACUUGUAUGCUUGAAGCGGCAUUUCAGAUCCUCCUUCCUACGUAUGCCGCAGGGGAAGCCCCCAGGAUCAAGUGGGUCGGGUUGACGCCUUGCGGGGCAAUUGCGGAUAAGGCAAGCUAUUCAAUGGUGCCGAUGGGAUGGGAUAGCGACGCAGCAGUCACUCAAGGGUUGGCCACCCCGUUCUUCAAAGGCGCACUUGGUCCAGACGAACAAGAUGGUUGGCUGGCAACAAAUGCGUGGCUAGAAAUUGAGACAGAUGUAACCGCGGGAGCUUCUGUUGUCCAAGCAGCAUUCAGCACCAAGGAAAAGGACGAAGCUCAACCACGUCCAGACACUGCAGACAUCAAAAGGCCCGAGUUCCUCAAAAGGCACUUCAAGGAUACCGACGAGCUCAGUCGGCACGCCGAAUUCUUCUUUGAUUCGACUAGUACUGCUCUCGUCAAAAACGCAGAUGCGAUUGGCAAUAGCUUAAAUCGGAAGGCAGGCCUUUACAAUCUUAGAGGUGUGAAUGAGCCGUGGCCAUGGAGCUUUCAAGCUGGGGGGACGAAGCCGCCGCCGGUGCCGUUGGUAGAGUCACUCAGCCUUGAAAUCAGCAAAAUUCUCAAUGCCCCGGGCACGAAGAAUAGCGCAAGCACCGCGAAGAAUCUUAACAUGAUCAGCGCCGGUGCCCUCAGGCCCUCCCGCAUUUAUCCUCGUCUCAAGUCCAAUACGCCCUACAAAGGAGACACGGACUAUUUCCGUCUCGUGGUAGCUCGUGGAGUAUCUGUUGCAACCUACGUUGUGCCCUUGGGUGGCGUCCCUAAUGUCAAUACCAGAGUCAAAAUCUCUACCUUUGAGAGUUUCUCCAACGCCUUCGACGGUCUGAUCAACGAGCUUGCCGGAUUCGAGAGCAAUCUUGGAAAGGUCAUUGUCCCCAACGAUCCACAGAAGCAAUACGGCAAUUACAUGAUCCACACAAAGCGUAGCCUCAUCUUUGUGCGCAACAACCUCCUCGUCGACUUGACGAUCUUGGGGACUGAUAGUUAUGGCAACACGGCCGCUACAGCCGCCUUACUCCCACUCGCUGAGGCGCUCGAUUCCUAUCUCACAGCGAGUACCGUUCCCCUCGCCCAGCUGCGCAAGACUGCCUUCACCAUCACCAACCCACCACCGCCACCAACUGGGCAACCGCCCACGACCCAAGUCGAGAUCGACAAGCCUUUCCAGGUCACCCUGGCCAACGCGGACAUGCUCGCAGAGGAGUUGGGCGUGUCUGUCUAUUCCGGGCAGAGCAAUGUCGCGCAACCCAUUAUUUUCACCUCUGCAGGACCCCUCGUCGCCGAUGCCGCUUUCAGCACGUCUACUCGUGUCCUGGAAUUCCUUCCCUUGCAGCGGCAAGCGGCGAUGCCAGGUCAGCCUGUCGAUAUUGCAGUGUCGGGUGCGCACUAUGAUACUUUCUACCCAGUCACCCGGUUCACCAAGGUUGCGAUUCAGUAA